AUGUUAAAGGGACUCGUCGUACUCGUGCUCUGCCUUUUUGCGGUCCAGGCCGCUGUUAUCCGUAACGAGGGGAAUCCGGUUCCAGAUCCCCUGCUGCUGCCAGAAGCCACCACCGAUGCGGUUAUCCUGGAUCAGCAGGAGGAGGGCGUCACCACCACCGCCACCACCACCGAGGAGUCGACCACUUUGGCCGGCCCCGCUCUGAGUCGCGACGAAGAGGCCAGCAUACUGAUUGAUCCCGCACCGGGAACCUUGCAGGAGGAUGAGCCAUCCACUGUCCAGAAGUCCGGGAAACUGCUGCUGCUUAGCACAUCGCCUAAGAGACACCAUGAAAUUGAGCGGGAGCUGGAGGAGCAGGACGAGGAGGAGGACCAAGCUGGGGCUGAGCCAACCACAACUGUGCAGCCCAAGGAUAAUGAGCAGGAGCAACAGAAGAGGAAGGAGGACAAAGAGGAGGAGGCAACCACAGAAAGCAGCACCACUCCGGCCUCAACCAGGCUGUUUGCCAUCGAUGCCACGCCAGCGGAAAAGGACUCUCCGUCACCCAAUGUCGCCAUAUCCCUUUCCCAGGACAAUGCCACCAUUUCGAUAGCUGAGGAGCCGCAGGUGCCCAGUGACAAUAAUGCCGCCGUGGAGCUGGCCCUUGUAGAGCCGGAGGCAGAGUACGUCCUGCUGGAUGACGGCGAGGUCCAUGAUGAGCUGGACCUACAGCUGGGUAGCUUCACGCACAUCGACAGCGAUGUCCGCUUGCAGCCGGUGGUGCACUCCGUGGAAAUCGUGCCCACCAGCCUCGAUGAUCCUUUGAUUGUCAAUUACGUGCACAAUUUGCGAUGA